AGAAGUAACAAGCAACCCACAAUCACCAUGUUCAAGUUGGCUGUCUUCGCUGCCAUCCUGGCUGUUGCCUGCGCCGCCCCCGGUGGCGUUACCGGUGUCGUUGUCAGACACGAGCUCGGAGGAAUCGCCGCCCCGGCGGUCGUGGGCCACGGUCCGCUGCUCGCGCACGGCGCCGCUGUGAUCGCUCAACCCGUUGCCCCCAUCGUCCAUGCUCCCCCUGUCGUCACCAAGACCAUUCUGGCUGGCCAUGGCGCCGGUCUCGUCGGUCUUGGACACGGUGGUCUCGGUCUCGGCCAUGGUCUCGUCCUUGGUGGACUUCAUGGUGGACUUCACGGUUAAACUAGGAGAACGUAAUCUAACAACCUACCACCACCACCGACAACAGGGAAAAAAAAGCGAAGAAGACACCAACUCUACCCACCCCUUCCUCGUAAUCGGCUCUCUUAACGCGAAGGAAAGACCUGGUAACUCGUUGGAAGAAAGCGAAAAAAUGGCGAGCACUCAUUCAACCACCCCGGCGAUUUGUCGAUCGGUCAAUCAGGCCCGUUGGCGGAACGGCAUCAAGCGAGAAACGAACGCGUGAUGCGCGCGAAGCGACCCAGGACCAGCGCGCUUCGCGCGGGAUCGGCCUAUUUUCUUUCUUUACAUUCGUCUUUACUUUGUGCUUCAUCGAACGAAAUUCUCACCUCUAUCAUCCCGCCAUCACACCCUGAACCCUACCCUUGUCCAUAUGGAAUUUUAAUAAAAUUUUAAUUAAAAAACCUUA